AAAAAAGGUUGCAGAGGCAGGGUCUCCCUGUGUUCCCCAAGCUGGUUUCGAGUUCCUUGCCUUUGCCAGUCUUCCCACCUUGGACUUUCAAAGUGUUGGGAUUACAGGUGUGGGCCACCAUGCCUGGCCCAGGAGUUAUUCUUCACACCUCUAUCCUCCAUUCAAUCCGCUAUCAGGAUAUGUCUCUUCUGUUCCUGUAAUGAAUAUGUAUGGAAUCAUCUCCCCAGCAUUCUCCCCUUUAUUUUCACUUGGAAAAUGCCCUGUAUUCCCACUCAGAAGUACUUUUUCUUUGUUUUCUUUCCUCCAUUACUCCUUUAUUUUGCUAUUUUCCCCUCAGGUACAGAUAAUUGAGCCAGUCAUGCUCAUUUAUUCACACUGUCAUUAACAAGGCAUUUCUCAUUUUAUCUUUUUUCUCUUCAUUCCAGUUCCUACUCAUGUUCCUUCCCUCCCUCCUUAGGUAGUCGGUCUCAUGUGUUAGCUAUAUGUCUUUGAAUAUACAUGUAUCUUUGAAUAAUAUAUAGUGUUGUUUUAUGUAUGUAUGUCUUUUAAAUGUACCUAAUUGAUAUUGUGUUUAUCUCAUUCUGUUUCUUUUUCAUAUUUAUGUAAAUACUUCUGACUACUGCAUACUGUUUUCUUAAAUGACCUCAUACCCUGGCCACUGGUCCUGGGCCAAGAUGGGCCAGAGUCCUUACCCAGAAUUUUUUGAACUGAAACUGAGAAAGAAAAUUCCCCUCCAAUGUGGAAACCAUAAAAUGUAAAACAUACGAGCUGUCAGCAGCCAUGUGCCACAGUUCCACAUAGAACCAACCGGUCUGCAGUGAAACAGAAGCCGACCUGCAGAGAACCAUGUGUGCUCAGUACUGCAUCUCCUUUGCUGAUGUUGAAAAGGCUCAUAUCAACAUUCGAGAUUCUAUCCACCUCACACCAGUGCUAACAAGCUCCAUUUUGAAUCAAGUAACAGGGCGCAAUCUUUUCUUCAAAUGUGAACUCUUCCAGAAAACAGGAUCUUUUAAGAUUCGUGGUGCUCUUAAUGCCAUCAGAAGCUUGGUUCCUGAUGCUUUAGAAGGGAAGCCCAAAGCUGUUGUUACUCACAGCAGUGGAAACCAUGGCCAGGCUCUCACCUACGCUGCCAAAUUGGAAGGGAUUCCUGCUUAUAUUGUGGUGCCCCAGACAGCUCCAGACUGUAAAAAGCUGGCAAUACAAGCCUAUGGAGCAUCAAUUGUAUACUGUGAACCUAGUGAUGAGUCCAGAGAAAACGUUGCACAAAGAGUUACAGAGCAAACAGAAGGCAUCAUGGUACAUCCAAACCAGGAGCCUGCAGUGAUAGCUGGACAAGGGACAAUUGCCCUAGAAGUGCUGAACCAGGUUCCUUUGGUGGAUGCACUGGUGGUACCUGUAGGUGGAGGAGGAAUGGUUGCUGGAAUAGCAAUUACAAUUAAGGUGAGCAGCUUCUGGAGUCCCUGCUUCAAGCAGAGGAUUUAUUUUACAUCAUGAAUGUUUUGUAUACAUGU